GAUACUGUCUAACAACAGUGGGGUGUCAGCUUGUCUUAGUUUUAAACAGUCUGUCUCAGUCGUUUGGUUUGAGUCUUUCGUUAAUAUUGUCUGUCUAUAUGAUUGCGUAAUCGUUCGCAAUGCUCUUUCGGAAGUGAAAAUCUAUAGUGUAAAGUGGAAAAGACAUCGUGAAAAAUGUUGGCGGACGGUGAAAUUGUUGGUGAUGGUUCAUGGAACCUCACCAUUUACGUGACGGACUUAAACGAAAAACGUACAAUGGUCGUGAAGGGCGACAUGCACAUCGGCGGGGUUAUGUUGAAGCUGACAGAGAGCUUCGAUUUCAAGAAAGACUGGUCAGAUCACGCGCUCUGGUGGCCUACGCGCAACAAAUGGCUAUCAAGACCGAAGCACACCCUCGACCAGUACUCGGUACACGCCGAUGCCGCUCUCCACUUCACGCCCAUGCACAAGCCCAUCAGGAUUCAGCUGCCAGACCUAAGAUACAUCGAUUGCAAGAUAGACUUCUCCAUAGACACGUUCAGUGCCGUCGUACAACUUUGCAAAAGUCUCGGUAUAAGACAUCCAGAAGAAUUGUCACUGUGCUAUCCAUUAGAGCCGUCGCAUCUAAAACAAAACUACCAAAACUUAAAAGAAGCGAAGCGGAUAAAGUCAAGUCAACCUGACACGAACACGUUCAUAGCAGCCACGAGGGGCUCCUCCAAUAGCCUGGACAGAUCCAACGGGCCGUGUCCUGCGACGCCGCCCCCGCCUCGUUCGUUAUCCGCUACUCCUGUGGCUUCACAACAAAACGGCACACUCCGUCGGUAUGGCGGCCACAUAUACAGCACGCAAAGCGACGGUUCCAGCGACGGUGGCUACUGCGGUACUCCACCACGAGCGUCCUCCCUCGACGCGCUCGACUCUUUGGCAGACUCCCCUCUAGAGCCCGCCAGCCAGUCACGUGAUUCCCUGCUAACUCCUAAGUCGCUCGUGGAACGGGCAAGGAUGAAUGUUGGGUGGUUGGACUCAUCACUCUCAAUCAUGGAGCAAUAUGUCCGUGAAUGGGACGUACUCCAGCUGAGAUUCAAGUUCUAUUCGUUCUACGAUUUAACUGCGCGCCAGCAGGACGCAUCCAGACUGAACCAACUGUACCAACAGGCGCGUUGGCAAAUUCUUAACCAGGAGGUCCACUGUACCGAGGAGGAGAUGCUUCUGUUUGCAGCGUUACAGUUGCAAAUCGAGCUACAAACCCUGGCCGGUGGGGGCAUAGACGCCGCCGACGGGUCCCAGCCGACGCCGGGGGCGGCGCCCGAGGACGAGAUCGAUGCGGCCCUGAGCGAACUGCAGGCGCACCUGGAGGGCGGCCCCCCGGCCCGCCCGGACAUCACUCACGUACCGGAGCUCGCCGGAUACUUGAAAUAUCUUAGGCCCAAACGGUUCACACUGAAAGCAUACAAGCGCGGAUGGAUAUCAUGUCGCGACGGGAUGCUCCGCAUUCACUCGUCCCGCGAAGCUGCGGGCAAGGGCGAAGCCCCUUCGUACUCGGUCGAACUGAGGGGUGCUGAGGUAACACCCGACGCCCACCCAGCAUCCGGGAGGUACAGCAUCAAACUGGAAGUGCCAUCAGAUGAAGCCAUGCACGAGAUGUGGCUAAAGUGUGAAAAUGAGGACCAGUACGCGGAGUGGGUAGCCGCGUGUCGGCUGGGCUCGCGCGGACGCUCGCUGGCGGACGCGGCGUUCGCGUCGGAGGCGGCGGCGGUGCGGUCGCUGCUGGCGCUGCAGCGGCCGCAGCCGGCGGCGGCCAUCGCGCAGCACAACCUGCCGCACCUCGACCACGUGCAGCCGGACAACUACCUCGCGCCCAGAUUCCUUAAGAAGCUCAAGGGAAAGUUCACCCAGCGCAUUUUGGAGAGCCACGCCAACGUGAAGGACCUUCCACUCCUGGAGGCCAAACUACAGUAUAUCAAAACAUGGCAGAAUCUGCCUGAUUAUGGACAAACACUGUUCGUUGUUCGCUUCAUGGGGCACCGUAAAGACGAGAUCAUAAGCAUCACGAAUAAUCGCAUAAUGAGGCUCGAUCCCAACACUGGAGACCACAUCAAGACUUGGAGGUUCAGUACAAUGAAGGCAUGGAACGUAAACUGGGAGAUCAAACACAUGAUGGUGCAGUUUGAAGAGGGCAACAUCAUAUUCUCAGUGCAAUCAGCAGACUGCAAAGUGGUGCACGAGUUCAUUGGUGGCUAUAUAUUCUUGUCGAUGCGUUCCAAGGACGCAAAUCAGACGUUGAACGAAGAACUUUUCCACAAACUCACCGGCGGCUGGACGUAAAGUUGAAUAUUACUAGAUUCUAUGGAAUGUUCAUGGAAUCAAGCUGUUGAUGGACAUAGUGUCAAUUCCGAUGGACAUUGAAAUAUAUCGAAAUGAAAAUCUAAAUUAAAUAAAAUACAAUUGAAUCAAUACCAUUAUUAUAAAGCAUAUGUUUAUACAAUUAAAAUAUAUUAUUUAAUAAACAAUUUGUAUUAGCUUCUAAAAAUUCUAAUGCAGAUUUAUUAUAUUUCAUAUAUCUAAUAUAGCAUGAAAUAUUAAUAGGGGCUUAUGAUGUGUGCCUUUAAUAGGUAUGGUUGAUUGAAAUCCCCACGUUAGGAGUAGAUAAUAAAUAUUUUUAUUGAAAUUAAAUAAGCUAUAUAACGAGUUAUUGUUUUUAACUAAGUUAUUUCUAUAUUGUACUGGGAUAUUUAAUUUUCUGACGUCAUUUACACGAAUUUUAAAUAUAGAGCUUCCAAUAACUGUGUAAAAGCCAAAUAAUUAUAAUAUGAAUAAACAUUAAUGCUGCUUCCAUGUUAGGAGUAAAGCAGUAAAUAUAUAUGCGACGGUAAAAGCUUUUGAUAGAAUUGUAAGUUAUAAUUUUUAUAAUAUUUAAUAGAUUAAUGUAUUUUUUCACUUGACUGUAUUAAGUGAGAAGUGCCAUUAUAAGAAAUGGAAUAUCACAUCUGACAGAUCUGAUUUACAAAGACCAAUUUAGGGCCUUCCUACAAAAAUACAUGAGACACUCAUCUCGAAAGGUACUAUUCGACAAAUUUGUAUGUGGUGCUAUAAACAGCAUUAUUCAUAUUUACCUAUUGACGAUGGUUACAUUACGACUAGGUGAGCAGUCAGCUCAUUCGCUACCUCCAACAUUAUAUAUUUAAAAACUGUCGAUAUUAAAAAAUAAAUACAAAAUUGAAUGUACGUCAGACUUUGUGAUUAUCUCUAUACUCUUGCAGAGUAGCCAACAUAGGGUAUUAUUUGUUGAUCUUAUGAAAUCAGUCAAGUGUGAAAUUCACAAGAUGGGUGCUUAUAUGGAAAACCAUACUAGAAAAUAAACAUUGAGUGGCCUUAAUCUUUACAGAAUAAUACUAUAUUUUACACAUGACAUUGUAAAUAAUAUUAGUUAAGCAUGUUUCGUUUAUUUUAACGCCAAUAAAAUGAAUCUAUCAAAUUUGCGGCUUUAGAACAUCUUAUUCUUGUAUACGUAACUUUAUAAAUGAAAAAUAAUGUAUUUUAUUAUCGUGGACUACUAGUCUCAUUGAGUUCGCAUAAAAUGCUGUCUUGUUUGUUUAAGUUUAGUGAUUAAAAUUGUAUUGUAUUAACAAAGUUUUGCCUUAUUUUACUGUAGAUUUAUUGUACAAAUUGUAUGUACAUUUAUAUGGAUAAUUUAGUGUCGUAUUGUAAAUUAAUGUCCAAAUAAAUGUAAAUUAAUAACAAUUUA